AUGUACAUAACCAACUGGGACGAAUUUGAAAAGGCGGCAGAAGAGAUAUAUGUUGCUUCUCCAGAGCGAACCCGUUACGUUCAUACUUUCCACCGUUCUGAUGGUGAUCUCGUCCUUAAAGUGACUGAUGAUAUAAAAAAUAUCAAAUAUAAAACAGAUCAGAUGAGAGAUUUGAAAAAGUUUAUCAAUUUGAAUACCACGUUAUUGUUAAAAAUGAUGAAUAAGGAAAUGCCUGCUCACUAUCAAACUUCAAAUACAGCGGAUGAGGAUACUGUGAUAACCGAUGCCCCACCUUUGGCAGCAACAGCAACAGCAACAAAGAACAGCAUUACAGAAAACAAAACAGCUUCACCCAAACAAGCGCCGAAGAAGAAGAAAGGAAAAAAGAGACGUUAA